AACCCCCGGAGAGACACGUGUAGAACAGGAAGAAAUCAGGCGGCCAUUUAUUUACAAACUUAGCGUAUACAGGAAUGCUUCGUCUGUUUCCUCUUCUAUCAUUGGCCGUCUUGUGUUGCCAUGGACAUAGUAACCACGGACAACAGGGUGGAACCCCAGGACAACCCGUACCAGCUGACCAGUUUAACUUCCACGACCCGAAAGUCACUCAGGAUGAGGCUCAUUUGAAAGAACACUUGAAGGACCAGAUCGACACAAACAAACGAAUGACACCGGAGGAGAUGGAGUUCCAUUACUUCAGGUUACACGACACAAACAACGACACAAAACUGGACGGGCUGGAGAUCAUGGCGGCUUUACAUCACAUGGGUGACAUGUUUAAACUGCAGCCCCACGAGAAAAUGGGUAAAACACCGGAACAGAUCGCAUCAAUGGAGGAGGAGAGACAAAAAGGGGCCCUCAAGUAUUUCACAGAUAUCAUUGACCGGGUCUUGGUAACGGACGAUGUUAACAGAGAUGGCUACAUAUCUUACCCGGAAUACAUGAACGCCAGAAAGCGGGACUUCCACCAGUAUCAACAACAGGUUGCCAUGCAACAGCAACAAAUGGCACAGAUGCAGGCCGCGCAAUUCCAGCAGUUCCAGCAAUUCCAACAGUACCAGCAACAACAAGCUCAAAUGGCGCAACAACAGCAACAAAAAUUCCAACAGCAACCGAACCAAAAUCAACUACCUAAUACGCAACAAUUCCAGCAGCAACCACAGGCCGGCGCAACUAAAUCUUCUUAAGGGCACUGCGUAGGAUCUCACCUUUCAAAAUGAAUUUCAGGAGUAAUAUCAACUUCCAUUCAAUUUGAUUUAUCUCUUUAUGGACUUUUUGUAAUUUUACGAGAAUAAAACUGAGUGAAAAAAAAAAUUUUUUACACCGAAAAAGAAAAUUUCCAAACCACUGAGAGCUCGAGAUCAAAAUAUGUCAAUGAAGAAUGGUGCGUGCAUGUAUUUUUGUUGUGAAUUGUCUAUAAUUGUUUGGUUUUUGGUGCAUGUACAUGUAUACCAUAUAGUAUUUGUGAGCCUUUAAUUAUUUAAAUUUGAAUAACCAUUAAUUUAUGAAAGAAAGAAAGAGAGGAGAGAGAGAGAGAGAGAGAGUUGAAUAUGAAUAUGCCGAUUUAUACAAUUUAGGGUGCAUAAAAUUUGUUUUUUGAUA